CUUCCGGCGGCCGCCAUUAGAAACCCCAUAGGGCGUGCGUCAGAGCUAUCAAGCAAAGAGAGUGGUGGCGACGGCGGCGGCUCUCUGCAAUUCCUCCGACCUCUGAAGCGGACUUCUUCACGAGCAGGCUUUACCGUGGGCAUCAAUGGGGUUGAAGCUUUUCGAUGGUGGCGACCCUGACGCCGAUGACAUCUCGAAGAUUGAGAUCAACCAAGAGUAUGCUCGCCGGUUCGAGCACAACAAGAAGCGCGAGGAUCUCCAUCGCCUCCAGGAGCUUCAGCAGAAGGGCGUCAUUGGAGACUCUUCGUCUUCCUUGGAUUCUGAAGAUAGCUCCUCCUCCUAUGAGGAGAGCGACGAUGCCGACGAGACUGGGCCCAGCAAGGGAGACUUGGAGUUCUUCGAUGCCCUAAUCAAGGUUAAGAAGCAGGACCCUAGUCUUAAGCAGAAGGACGUCACUCUGUUCAAGUCCGAUGGGGAGAGUGAGAGUGAGGAUGAUGGGAAAGAGGGCAGAGGUGAAUCGAAGCAGAAGCGGAAGAUGUACUUGAAGGAUGUUGUAGCGAAGCAGUUGAUCGAGGGAGGCCCGGAAUUCGAUGAUGACGAUGAGCAAGGGGGUUGCGUGCGGAAGAAGACUUACAAUGAGGAGCAGGAGGAGCUGAAGAGGGCUUUCCUGGAAGCGGCUGAGGCAGCGGAGAGUGAUGUCGGAGAUGGGGAUUUCCUCACCGUGAAGAAGAGAGACGAGGGAGUUGAGGGUGGACAUGGUGAAACUGCCGAGUUUCAGAAGAAGCUGAAUGAGUAUUUCGGGGAAGAUGAGGGUUUGGAUGAGCAUAAGAUGUUCCUAAGGGACUACUUUCUGAAGAAGAUGUGGAUUGAUAAGGAUAAGAAGAAGGAGAAGGGGCGUGCCGAUGAGGAGGAGCUGGACGAGUUGUUGCAGGAUGAGGAAGAGGUUGAGAAGCAGGAGGAUUAUGAGACAAACUAUCGGCAUGAGGAGGUCGAGGAUGAUCGUGUUUUGGGACACUCGAGGAAUGUGGAGGGGUCGGUGAGGCUGAAGGAAACCGCGAGGAAGAGGCAGAGGCAGAGGAAGGAGGAAAGGAUGAAGAUUGCUGAGAUGGAGAGGAAGGAGGAGCUGAAGCACCUGAAGAAUUUGAAGAAAGAAGAGAUCAAGGAGAAGCUCCAGAAGUUUAAGCAGAUUUCUGGGAUUGCUGAUGACAAUGACUGCCUCUUGCUUGGAGAUGAUUUGGAUGAUGAGUUUGAUCCGGAGGAGUACGACAGGAUGAUGAAAAAAGUGUUUGAUGAAAAGUACUAUGAGGCUGAAGACUUGGACCCCGACUUUGGCAGUGAUAGGGAUGAAGACGGAGACAUUGAAAAACCCGACUUUGAGAAAGAGGACGAGUUGCUCAGACUGCCGAAAGGUUGGGAUGUCCCUGGGUCGGGUGAUGGGUUCUUAGCUGCCCGAGAGAGAAUGUUAAAGCAAAAUGCUGAAGCUGGUGAUGAUGGCGGUAGUGCUGGGGGUAGUGGCACGAGUGAAGAUGAUAAAGAUGAAGGAAGAGACGAUGAUGGUAGCGAAGAUGGUGGUAGUGGCGCGAGUGAAGAUGGUAAGGAUGAAGGAGGAGACGAUGGGAAUAACGGAGGGGAUGGAGAAACCGGAGCUUCUGAGGAAGGCAAGCGGAAGAGGAAAAGAAAACUGUCGCUCAUCAAGAGGGCUAAAGAGGCAUUGAUGGAGGAAUACUACAACUUGGAUUAUGAGGACACCAUCGGAGAUCUGAAGACGAGGUUCAAGUAUGCAAAGAUCAAGCCAAACAGAUACGGGUUGAGCACUGCAGAGAUCUUAAUGAUGGAUGACAAAGAAUUGAAUCAGUAUGUUUCCUUGAAGAAGAUUGCUCCUUUCCGUGAGAAGGAGUGGAAGGUGCCUAACAGCCAGAGGUACCACCUCAAGAUGAAGAAAAAGGAGCUUCUCAAAGAAGGACCGUCUAAGAGGCACAAGUCGGAUAAGAGGAAGAGACCCAGAGACGAUGCUGGGCCAUCAGCACCAUUGACCGAUGCUGGUGAAGAUGGGAAAGCACCAGUGAACAUGCCAGAUGGAGAUAUGAGCAAUUUGUCCAGGAAAGCAAGGAGAAGAAGACACCAAGCAGAACUUAAGUUGUCACACCAGAGGCUCUUGGCCUAUGGAAAGGUGAGCUCCAAGUCCAAAGGCAAAUCAAAGAAGUAAUGUCCUGUCCUCACUGUAUCAAGGUUGAAUCAAUUUCCUUGGCAUGCCCUGCCUUAGUUGUUGUACGUUGAGGAGAAAAUUUUGGUUUUCUAUUGUUACUUUGCAUUUUAUUACAAAUUGAACUUCAUUGGCCUAUCUUAUGGUUUUGAUGAUUUUUCUCGUAUUUGACGAUUCUAAGCUGAAAGGAUGGAAUUAGCUCAUUGC